UAGCGAGCAGAACCGGAAGCGAACAAGCGUCGACUUCCCCUUAUUUUAGACGCACCGAACGGAUAUACAACAUUCGUUUUUUUAACUCGGUCGAGGACAAAUUUGUCAGCGAAGUGGCGAGUUUUUGGCGAGAAGGGCGUGCUUGAAUCCCAACUGUUGGCACGCUUGGUCCCCCCCCUUCUUCCUCCCUCCUCCUCCUCCCCCCUCCUCCGUGUAUUCCUCCGCCCCAUUGCUGGAUGCUAGCUCGGUGUAGCCAUUGCAUGUCGUAGCACUCCCCCCCCUAGUCCAAAGUUGUGUUGCGCCCCGAUUGUUUUGUCUUUUUUCAUUUUUUUACCCCCCUCCCUCGGAUAUCAGUGUGCGUCAAGAUGGGGUGUACUCUGAGCACGGACGACAAGGCGGCUCAGGAGCGGAGUAAGAUGAUCGACAGGAACCUCCGGGACGACGGCGAGAAAGCCGCCCGGGAGGUGAAGCUGUUGCUGCUCGGUGCUGGGGAGUCUGGGAAGAGCACCAUUGUUAAGCAGAUGAAGAUCAUCCACGAGGCGGGCUACUCCGAGGAGGAGUGCAAGCAGUACAAAGCGGUGGUCUACAGCAACACCAUCCAGUCCAUCAUCGCCAUCAUCAGAGCAAUGGGACGCCUCAAGAUUGACUUUGCCGAUCCGGCCAGAGCGGAUGACGCUCGGCAGCUGUUUGUGUUGGCCGGCUCGGCCGAGGAGGGCUUCAUGACAGGCGAGCUGGCCGGGGUCAUCCAGCGGCUGUGGAAGGACGGGGGAGUCCAAGCGUGCUUCAGCCGCUCCCGAGAGUAUCAACUCAACGACUCGGCAGCAUACUAUUUGAAUGACUUGGACAGGAUAUCACACGGCGCUUACGUGCCCACCCAGCAGGACGUGCUGAGGACCAGAGUGAAGACGACAGGCAUCGUGGAGACACACUUCACCUUCAAGGAUCUGCACUUCAAAAUGUUUGACGUGGGUGGCCAGAGGUCCGAGAGGAAGAAGUGGAUCCACUGCUUCGAGGGCGUCACCGCCAUCAUCUUCUGCGUGGCUCUCAGCGACUACGACCUGGUGCUGGCCGAGGACGAGGAGAUGAACCGAAUGCACGAGAGCAUGAAGCUGUUUGAUUCCAUCUGCAACAACAAGUGGUUCACGGACACCUCCAUCAUCCUCUUCCUCAACAAGAAGGACCUUUUUGAGGAGAAGAUCAAGAAGAGCCCCCUCACCAUCUGCUACCCAGAAUAUGCAGGAUCCAACACCUACGAAGAGGCGGCCGCCUACAUCCAGUGUCAGUUUGAAGACCUGAACAAGAGGAAGGACACCAAGGAGAUCUACACCCACUUCACCUGCGCCACCGACACCAAGAAUGUGCAGUUCGUGUUCGACGCCGUCACCGACGUCAUCAUCAAAAACAACCUGAAGGACUGCGGCCUUUUCUAAAGGCAUCCAAGCGGACACACAAGGAGCGUCGGACCUUGGCUGACCAACGUCACUUUUAUCGUCUUAUUAAUAACUUAUGUUCAUCUCUAAAAAGUUUUAAUGGCGGGAGUGUAGACAAAACAUUUUUGUGUAAGAUAUUUGUACAACUGUCGAUGGCUGGGGAUUUUUCACCGUUUUUUAAAAUAUGUGAUAUCAUUUUUCAUUUAUAUAUAUAUAUAUAUAUAUAUAUAUAUAUAUAUAUAUAUAUAUAUAUAUAUAUAUACACACAUA